CCCAAGAAAUGCUUUUGACGAUCGGCAUUCUUUUACUCGUUAUUUUUUUUAUUUUAUUUUUUUACUUCUUCUUCUCUUCCGUUCUUCCCGCAACUAUCUAACACUGAACUCUUCUUCGUCACCUCCGAAUUCAGACACCAGGCCUCACUCUCGAGUUCAUCUUACCUGUGCGUUGGCCAUCCGCGGGGCAAUUUCUAGUUUCCUCCUCCUCGAUCUCAUCCUUGAACACAAUCUCAAAGCCCCAUCAGAUCGGGAUGGGCAAAUCUGAUAAAUACUACUAUCAUUCCAGACCUUCAGAAGACGACGACGAUCUCGAUGUUGAUCUCAAUGAGCUGACUUACUCAUUAGAGAUUGUACAACAGCCAAUGCGUGCUAGGAUGUGUGGUUUUGGGGACAAGGACCGAAGGAAUGUGACCCCGGCCCCCGUUCUGAAACUGGUGGCCAAAACGCAGGAAGGCAGGGUCGUAUCUGCAAGCCAUCUGAGCAAGCAAGCAUUCGUUGUAACAGCCGAUCUCUGGCUAGAGGAUGAGGUUACAGAGCGCAACCUCGUUCUUAUCUCCUCUAUUCCCUCGUCAAGAACGGCGGCGUAUUCGCAACAGAUGUCCGCUGUCCACGAACAGCAAGAAGUUGUAGAUCAACUCGACAUACAGCAAAGCUCAGCAAUAUCUUUCAGUAGGGAUGCUGCUGAAGAGUCCGAUUCGUAUGCCUCAUCAUCUAACGCGUCUAGGAUGAGUAUCCGCAACGUGAUCCACGGCGAGGAUAUCUCUACACCGCCGCCACACUCAUCGUCCGCUUCGUCGCCUGCAACAUGGUCACGGCCCGUCCAUGCGCUUCCAAGGACAAAUCCCUCUCAGCGCAAUAUGGCAAGGGAUGUUUCGGGUGCUGAGAGGCGGUAUGACCGUAAAGAAGGGACUGCGGAGACAUGUGCAGAUACAGAGAUGGAGGAUGAACAAGAAUUCCAUCGGAAUAAUGAGAGAUACGUGGAUCAGGAUCUUCACGAACUGAGAGAGCUGGAGCGCAUUGAGGCAGAGUCUGGAAGAAAGGAUUUGACGACUCGCAACCUGGUUGGACAGAUCGCCGUGAGCGGUCAAGUGGCUCCAGGGUUGGAUGACGAUAUGUCGCACAUAUGGUUUGCUUUCAGCAUCUUAUCCAUCCGCACGGAGGGUUUUUUCAAAAUUCGGUUUUGUUUAACUGAUCUUAUGCGGAUCCCAGAGGGAGGAAGAUCAGAGACCAUUUGCCAAAUUUUUACGAAUACAAUUCAUGUUCAGACGCCCAAGAAGUUCGAGGGAACAUGCGGUAAGUCGAUACCUUUUUUGCGUACUUCUCUUAUAGUUCUUUGGUACCAGUCAAGCUCAUAUUGCUCUUCAUCAUACCAUUUUUUUCAUUCGAAAGAUAAUAACAAGAUUGCGGUACAUCUAAACAAAAACUGCAUCAGGAUUCCGGCCAGAAAGGACGAAAAGAAGCUGAGCAAGAACAGGAAAGACAGCUUGACAUAAGUGAACGCGUAGCCUCGUUACUUAGUCGUGCAUAAUUUCUAUCGCAGCGAUCUUGAUACCUUCCUCCGUUAUUGGUCCUGGACAGGAUCAAAGUUUAGAGAUCUUUGUUGAAACGCAUUUUUUAAGAUCCGGCUGCCUGGAAUAAAGUCUUACUGCUCUUCCGCU